GCGCGGCCGCCCCGCGGGACGAGCCGCUCCCGCCAUGGAGCUGCCGCCCGCCUGCUCCGCCGCCCGCCGGGCCGCCGCGCUGGCCGCUGCCUACACCUGCUACCGGCGGGGCGGGCCCGGCCGCGGGCUGGGGCUGCGGGACGUGCGGCGGGCCCGGGGGCAGGACAUUGAAGGCGUUGGCCGCAAGUACCACCUGGAGCUGGUGUUAGAAGAUGUCCUUGACAGAGAGAGGACUGUUAACUGCACAGCUGAGGUUCUUUAUCACCUGGGCAACAGCAGGAUUGCUCCAGAUGUCCAGUUCACACUUGAAGGAGAACUGAAGAACACAGAUGAAGCAGAUAAUGUAUUUUACAGCCGAAUCAAGAGCCUGAAGAAAGAGCUGGUGGCAGAAUACAUACCAGACAGCCACGGCAACGUGCCCCCAGAAAUGGAGCCCAUCCACCUGCUGGCUUGGGUGGCCUCUGGCUACGUGAUAUGGCAGAACUCAACUGAAAACACCAAGUUCCAGCUUGCCCAAAUUAAACACGUGAAGCAAGUGAAAAGAAGUGAUGAGUAUCUUGAAUUUGACUACUUGGUUCUGCUUCAUGAAAUGGUGUCCCAGGAGAUCAUUCCCUGGCAAAUGACAGUUCUCUGGCACCCACAGCAUGGUGUCCAAGUGACACGGGACAGCCGACAGCCACAACACCCACUGGAGUAACAGGCCACCUGAUUCCACCACUGAAGGAGCUCAAAUGCUGCCCACGAAGGGAGGGGAGAGAAACUGGUGAGGAGGGAUAUGCAAUCAAGGAACAAAGUCCUUCCUCAAUUAAACUUCUCCUGAAUAUUGAUCUGAUAAUCCAGAAGGCCCUUCCUCUGCCACGUGAUCAAAUUCUGCAUCCAAAUCAACAAAAGGCUACUCACGGCACAGGGGCAGAGAUGUUCUCCCUGAAGGCAACUUUUGGCUUUCCCAUGGUGCAAGGGCAGCCAUAUUCCCUUUCCAUUCGCUGCAGGAAGGAGGGGAGGAAAAAAAAAAAAAGCAGAAAUUAAACCCAAAGCUGCUCCAUUGGAACAAUACGUUGGAAAUUAUUUUGCUUACAGGUCUUUCUGAAAUGGGAAACUUGAUCAGGGCUAACCAGUUUUUUGGUUCAGAGUUGGAUUGAUUUUGGGGGUCCUGGGUGGGGGUUUUAUUAUUAUUUUAAUGUUAUAAAUUAUUUACUGUGAUUCUGCAGUCAUCCUUGUUUAGGGGCUAUAGCUUUAGAUACAGGAAAAGGGAACAGCAUUAAUUACUUUACUCAAAUGUAAGCUUUCCAAAACAAAAGCCAGGUUUUCUUCAUUCUGUCAACAUUGUGGUUGCAUCUGUCGUGUUAGACUAAAAUAAAAGUAUAGAUAUCAACUUGAAAGAAACAAAUAAAUCACUGUAAGUAACUA